GUGAUCAUGUACCACUGAUUUCUUAAUCAUGUUUCUGAGAACAGGAACUGAGUUCCCUUUUUUGAUGAAGAUGAUGAGGUAAGUAACUGUAUAUAAGAUCUGGCGUUUCUCUUGUUCAGUGUCUCUGCACAGGACGAUUGAAUCCACACAGAAGAAGUCAUUCUGCAGCAGGUUCUGAUUUCCUUUACUGGACUCACAGUGCGUACAGGUUGUCUGUUCUCUACAGAAUUAUCAUUAACAUGUCUGUCUCUCUGUAUUUAAGGUAAUCCCACUCUCCACCAUGAAGUUGCUGACUGUGUCCGCAUUUCUUUGUGCCAUGAUAGCUCUGAACAGAGCUGCUGCUCUUGGGCCGCUGAUCAAAACAGCAAAGAAUCACCUGGUCAUUGGGUCCGCAUCUUGUCCUUGUGGCUGGUCUGAGUUCAAUGGGAGAUGCUUCCACUUCUUUCCAACAAUUAUGACUUGGGCCAAAGCUGAGUCAAACUGUCUGUCUCUGGGUGGACACCUCGCAUCCAUUCACAACAUCCUGGAGUACCAUGCGAUUCAGAAUCUGAUUCAGAGCACCACUGAAAAUAAAAUAAAAAUAAAAACAUGGGUCGGAGGCUCUGAUGCACAAGAGGAGGGUGAGUGGUUCUGGAGCGAUGGUACAGAAUUCAGUUAUUCCAACUGGUGUCCUGGAGAACCCAAUAACUACCAAGGCCAGCAUUGCCUUCAGAUCAAUUAUGGAACUGGAAACUGCUGGGAUGACGUCAGCUGUUACAAGUAUAGACCGUCCGUCUGUGCCAAGGAAAUCUGAUGGUUCCUGUGCUGCCACAGAGACUUGAAAGCAUCUUUCUUUUUCUUUUGAGUUUCUUCAUCUCAUUUCAAAUCUGUAUCGCUGUAAUGCUGCUUAAGGAAUGAAGCGACAAGUGACAUAAACUGGAGCUGGACUGUCUCUUUGGCCUUGUGCUUUUAAAUAAGAGCAGACUGAAUGUGUUAUGAGAAGAAUGCCUUCUGCUAAGUGUACUGAUAUUUCUUCAUUCAAUAAUAAUAAAGGCUCAAGCAUUGAACAAA